GCUGAGGCCACAACCGCAGGAUAGACCUUGUUUCACCUCGACCAAUAACUAUGAGCAGUGCAUACCUCAUCGCUGUGGCCACAUUGUUUCUUGUGAUCGGAAUGGCCAGUGCCCUUACGACCGGCCCAAAAAGAGUGGUAGUGAGUGGUGCCGGGGGACAAACCGGCAAAUCCCUCUUUCGUCAAUUGCUCGAGGACGACGACUUCGACCCUAUUGGAUUGGUCCGAACCGAAACCAGCAAGGUUGCGGUGCUUGAAGAUUGUGGUGCUUCCAAGGCUCCCAGCCUKAUCGUCUGCGACGUGACCGAUGAGGCCGCCGUCAAGGCCGCCCUGGACUGGACCAGCGUCGACGCCCUGUGCAUCUGCACCUCGGGAACACCCCGGCCCACCGGGGAAACCACCGAGGAAGGCCGCCCGAUCUUCGGGUAUCCCGAGGGGGGCGAUCCCGAAAUCGUGGACUGGAUCGGCCAGAAACACCAGAUCGAUGCUAUGGCCGGGGUCGCCAGCGAUUCCGUUCGCCACGUUGUCGUCUGCUCGAGCAUGGGCGGGACGGACCCCGAUAACAUGCUCAACACGCUCGGGCGAACGAAGGAUCCGGAGACGGGAAAAGAGACGGGCGGAAACAUCCUUCUGUGGAAGCGAAAGUCUGAAAAGUACCUCAUCGAGAAGGCCGGGGCCAGCGUCGAUUCUAACCUCAGGUACACGAUCGUCCAUCCCGGGGGCCUGAUCAACGAGACCGGGGGAGAGCGCGAAUUGAUCGUCGGCGUAGACGACGACCGCGUUGGCUACGGCGGAGAGGGCUCUCCGAGAACCGUCCCCCGGGACGACGUGGCCAGGGUCAUGAUGGAAGCCUGCCGCAGCGUGGAUAUCUUCGGGAAUCGGUCCUUCGAUCUUCGAGCCCAUGAACCGGCCGCCGGCGACGAAGCCCCGGCCGUUGCAACCGAUUUUUCGAAGCUCUUGGAUCCGUUGGAAGGGAAGAACUGUGAUUAUUCCCUGGGAAAAUCGAUGUAAGGGCGCGCAUCGCUCGCUUCGAGCAAACAUCCACCAGUAACAGAUAUGUAUGAUACAUAGAGGUAACCGAUGAAGAGCAGAGGCUGCGACAAUACAUUUUGCAUAUGAAGUCUAUUCAUUAUCGCCUCUUCUGAUAGCCGAAGAUCAAAACUCCUAUUUAUAGUACGCAGUUACC